CAAAUCACACAACAAACAAUAACUUAUACAAAGCUCAAAGAGUUUCUUAUUUACUAAAAAGAAAAAUGAGUCGUGGUUAUAAUUUGCUAUUCGUUCUAGUAACGUUUUUAGUCUUGGUUGCAGCUGUAACCGCACAAGGGAACCGUGGCUCAAACAACGGUGGUGGUCGAAGACCACGAUUUGGGUUUUAUGGGAAUAGAUGCCGAAACGUAGAGUCUAUUGUGAAAUCUGUGGUUGAGUCUCAUGUCCGGUCUAUCCCGGCAAAUGCACCUGGAAUCUUGCGUAUGCAUUUCCACGAUUGCUUUGUCCGUGGCUGUGAUGGCUCGGUUCUCCUCGCUGGUAACACCUCAGAGAGAACCGCAGUUCCAAACCGUUCAUUGAGAGGGUUCGAAGUUAUUGAAGAGGCUAAGACUCGGCUUGAGAAGGCUUGUCCUCGAACCGUUUCUUGUGCUGAUAUUCUCACCCUUGCUGCUCGAGACGCCGUCGUUUUGACCGGUGGACAACGCUGGGAAGUGCCAUUGGGACGUCUCGACGGCCGAAUCUCGCAAGCCUCAGACGUGAACUUGCCCGGACCAAGCGACUCAGUCGCUAAGCAGAAGCAAGACUUCGCUGCUAAAACUCUUAACACAUUAGACCUCGUAACUCUUGUUGGCGGACACACAAUAGGAACUGCUGGCUGCGGUCUAGUAAGGGGAAGGUUCUUUAACUUCAACGGCACAGGACAACCCGACCCAUCAAUCGACCCGAGUUUUGUGCCGCUGAUUCAGGCUCAGUGCCCUCAAAAUGGAGGCACCCGAGUCGAGUUAGACGAGGGAAGUGUUGGCAGGUUUGACACAUCGUUCCUAAGGAAGGUGACGUCAAGUCGCGUGGUUCUUCAAUCCGAUCUAGUCCUAUGGAGGGAUCCCGAGACCCGAGUCAUCAUUGAACGGUUAUUAGGUUUACGCCGACCAUCCUUGAGGUUCGGAGCCGAGUUCGGGAAGUCGAUGAUCAAGAUGAGUCUCAUAGAAGUUAAGACUGGAUUAGCUGAUGGGGAGAUUCGUAGGGUUUGCUCUGCGAUCAAUUAAGAAUUAAAAAAACACAAAUGUGUGCUUUGUUUUUAAUUUAUGAUGAAUUUUAUAAGUAAUAAUCAUUUGUUUUUAUAAUAAGCUUGCUACAGCAUU